UCAGAAAAGUAAUUGAGUUUUCGGGGGAUAUAUUAUAUCCCAUUAGAAAAUAAUCGUUUGUUUUUGCAUUUAACUACAAAAUUUUAACUUUUGCCGUUAGUGUUAGUGUAACAGACUUAACUUAAAAAAGGCAGUUUUGACAAAAAACCACUAAGGAAAUUUGAAUAUAUUUCAUUUGUUCCAAGAAUCGCCUUAAAAAUGUCAAAAGAAAAAUAUAAGAAAAUUAAACGCGAUGCAAAAUUGCUAAUUAGUAAGCGGCAAUACCGCCUAAAAAUGUGGAAGAAACUUGAGAAAAACAGUUUUGGUCCGGAAAUCACUAGAAUAUACAAUAGAGUACCGGAUUUCCAUUCUAAUAAAAAAGCGUCUAAAAUUUUAACUUCUACUUAUGAAUUCAAAAAGGCCAAGAAUAUUUACGUUGAAGUAGAAAAGAGCUUACGCCAUGCUAAGGUGGAAGUGUUAAAAGCUAAAAAAAAUUUAUAUUUGCCCUCUAAAUCGGAAACCACUAUUCUUGAGAAAAUCGUGUUGCCAUCCGAUAAAAAGAACUUAACAUUAAAGGAUGCGUUGCGUUUGGAAUAUUCUCCCAAAUAUCAUACGGAUAUUACAUUGGAAAAUAAAAUUGAACUAGAUAUGGUAAUAAUUGGAUCAGUUGUCGUAUCUCGCGAGGGUUACUGUAUUGGACGUGGAAACGGUUAUACCGACCUAAAUAUUGGACUACUGCUUGAGUGUGGUAUGGUCACAUCAAAAACAAUUAUCGUCACCGUUGUGUCCGACAUGCAAGUUAUCGAAGAAAUAUCUCCAAUCCUUUUUAAGCCCUAUGAUAUUGGAGUUGAUAUAAUUGUAACCCGUACACAGAUAAUACGAGUUCCUCAACGCUUACCACGUCCUAGUGGUAUUUUUUGGGAACUGCUGUCUGAAAAACGAAUGAACAAAACACCAUGUCUACACAUGAUAAAAAAAUAUUUAACUAAAUCAGGCAAAGAAAUUAAUUUCAAAGAAAUCGAUACUGACCUUAAAGAAGAUGAGCAUGAAUACCAAAAGAGAAAAAGGCAUAGAAAAACAAAGAAAGCUCAUACGAUUCGUUACCAUAAGAGUAAGAACAAGGAUCGCAAGGGCAGAGGCAGAAAGUACUAUAUAAAGCUUUAUAAUAUUUCCUCGAAAGUGCGAGAAUGGGAUCUGAGGGACGCACUACGUAGACGUCAUAUACGUCCAAAUGGGAUAACUUGGCAGGGCAAUUAUGGAAAGUGCGUUCUUUAUUUUACUCGCAGUCGAUAUGGCCGUUACACUAAGAACAAUAUGAUAAGGAUUGCCAACAUAUUAAAAAAAUUAUCGUUUCUGGUAAAAAGGAGGUGCUCUUGUGGAAACUCAAAAUGUAAAAGAAUAAUUGUAAAAAAUAAUAUCAUGCAUGUGAAAUUGUAUCAAUAUGAUGCAAAUGUAAAGAAAUUAGAGAUCGAUUCCAAUUCUUCUGAAUCGAUGUCUCACUCCGAUAAGGACUAA